AUGGCGAAGUUCAAAGCAAUAGUGAUUUGUUUGGUGAUUUCCUGCGCCUGCUCGGCAAUUGUGGCAGAAAAAGCAUGCGACGAUAUUCAUGCAUUCCUUAAACACACAGCAAUACUUAUGAAAAUGCUCCCAUUUCACACGUAUCCAGUGUUCAAUCUAUGCACCAACCAAACCGCUCAGCACGAAUAUGGGAACGCAAUCAUGUUGUAUCGAAACAUGACCAACACACCCGAAUGUAAGAAAUAUUUGGAAAAUAACCAUAUGACGGUUUAUGAAAACAUUUACGUGCAACUGACCGGGCUAUGGGAUGCAGCAAACUGUGACGCCUGUGCCAGUGCGGUAAAUGAAACCGCCACGUUUAUGAAUCUAUCGACAAACCUCGAUAAUUGUUUCGCCACUACGAAAACACCAUGCGAAAGUUGCGACACCGAUUAUCAGAAUGUGCAACAGUUUUACGCUAGCAUUGAAAAGCGGCAGCACGGUUCCGGAAUGUGCUUUGACAUCAAAGAUCGGAUGAAUCAAACGCGACGGGUUUGGUCUGGUCAGUACAAUUGUUGCAAAGACAAGCGACGUUCGAUGGUAAUCUUUGCCUCGAUUGCAUCUGUUGUUUGCGUGCUUCCUUUCGCAUUCUACUUGUUGAUGCACGCAGUCACAGUACGACAGGAAAGACGUCGCAUCAGCUUGUUGAGCGCUACGAGCGUGAACGAUGAGUCAACCCCAGCGUCAUGCUCUCGGCCCAACAACGGUACGCUGCGGAAUUCAGAAAUGGAACGCAUUGAGGAGACAGACGGUAACGAGAACAACGACGAUGAUGAAAGCGAUUACGAUGGUGAAAGCAUUCCCACGCAGACAGCAACAUUCCAGUCGUUGUCCAAACUAAACAAUCUCGAUGUAGUGGAAGGCAAUUUAAUAGAUAUAUCGGUGCAAACAUCGCAGAUGCAUCCGGUGCUGAAGCCACUUGGUCAUAACCAUGAGGAGGAGGAAUCUGAAGAUGUGAACAUGCUGAAGUAA